ACCUGACAGAGCUCAAGUUCAAGUUGUCAUCCACACAUGAAAACACCAACCGGAGACACAGCUGAUGUUGUUUACUUAAAUAUCCAUCAGGAUUAAACUUGGGGACCCGAGACCCUCCAGCAUUGGCUUCCCCCGAGCAUCACAGCCCCCAACAGCAGCAGCAGCAGCAGCCGCAUCAGAGUGCCUCUCCACGGGAUUCAGGUGCGGAGACUGACUCGGUCCCGCUGCAGGAAGACCGCGGUGCUCAGAAGCUCCAGGAGCGGCUGAGCUCCUCCACAACCCCCAAAGAAAUGGCAGCGACUAAAGCGGAGCUGCUCCUGUCCGCCCUGCAGAUCUCCGACCCUCUAUCCUGCUUCCCGCCGCCUCUCUCCCCGCUGGAAGGUUACUCGAAGCUGGAGGAGCUGCAGAUGCUGCUGCAGAACGCCGCGGCGGGAGGCUCGCUGCUGGCCGCGUCGGCAGCGGAGGGAGCCGGGCUGCUGAGCGGAGAUCCCGGGGAGUACGGAGACUCUUUGUCGGACCUCCCGGACCUGCAGAGUCUCCCCCCUCUCACUCCUCGCCUCACCCCUCUGGCCUACAGCGGUCGCUUCUCCUUCGAGCCGUCGAACUCAGUCUCCAGUGGCAGCAACCUGUGGGCGGAGCCUCUGCUCAGCUUGUUCACAGGUUUGGUCAGCAUGGCGGCUCCUUCCCCUUCAUCCUGCAGCCUCUCUUCCUCUUCAACGUCAGUCACAUCAUCGGUGACAUCAUCGUCAUCAGUGACCCAGCCAAGCUCCAUCCAGAUCAGCUGUGGCUGUGGCGAUGUUGCCUCGGUCUUCUCUACGACACCAACGUAUACCACUGCCGCCUCUGGCUCCGACCUCCUCCUCCCGCCCCCUGACUCCCAGCCAGCACCCCAAGACUUCCAACCACAAGGUCCCCCUCCAGCCUACCCCGCCUCCACCUCCAGGCUGGGCCUCCAGCCUCCCUCUUUGGUGGUGUCGAUGCUCCCGGACUACCUCCUGUCGCAGCAGCCGCAGGACGGCGAGCUCGGCAUGACCCAGGACCAGAAGCCUGUGAUGUCACAAAACCUGAACUCGCAGCCUCCACUCACACCACUGUCCACCAUUAAAGCCUUCUCCACCCAGAUCCAGACGCAGCCUCAAGGUUGCUCCACCUCCGGCACCGCCUGCUACCAGGCCCAGUUCACCAAAUCCAGCAGGGUCAACAGGAAGUCCCCCGCGGGACGUCAUUGCAAGACUCCGCCUCACGAGCGUCCGUACGCCUGCCCCGCUGAAGGCUGUGACCGUCGCUUCUCCCGCUCUGACGAGCUGACGCGCCACGUGCGUGUGCACACAGGCCAGAAGCCGUUCCAGUGUCGCAUCUGCAUGCGCAGCUUCAGCCGCAGCGACCACCUGACCACACACAUCCGCACGCAUACUGGCGAGAAGCCAUUCGCCUGCACCGAGUGUGGACGCAAGUUUGCCCGCAGUGACGAGCGCAAGAGGCACACUAAGAUCCACCAGAAGCAGCGAGACCGCAAGGCCGACAGGCACGCCACCUCCACCUCCUCAGCUCCCAUCCCUAUCAGCAAACCUCCUACCUACUCUUCCCCUCCCACCUCCUCCCCCUGCUCCUCUUACUCCUCCCCGGCUCAUGGCUCCUCCUCCCCUGCUGCCUCACUCUUCCCUGUCUCGUCCUCCUUCUCCACACUGAACAUGCAGGCUGCCUCCCCCUGCUUCACGUCCUCAUCGUCACUGUCACACAUCUACACCUCCUCGCCAUCACCCCACCUCUACUCCUCUUCCUGCUCCUCACCGAUGGGGAGUCCUCAGUCGGAGCUUCCCUCCCCCCACAGCUCCAACAUAUGCUGACAGACAGGAAGUUAACCUGUCCAACAUCAUGACCUUUGACCUCAGACUGAACUCGCACACAAACUCAAAGGUCACAGAACUGUUUCGUGGACACAUUUUGAGCCUUUUCAGCCACUGUAGUCGAUGCACAAACACAGCGACUGUUGAAAAACGCUGAAUUUAGGAGGCUUCAAACUCAAUGACUGUAAAGAGAGUGUAAAUACAAGUACUUUUUAAAAUGUGUACAGAAUGUUUACAUGUAGUAUUGUGUACAUACAUGUAAAUGUACAUAGAUUUUUACCUACUGAGUAGGUUCUGGGAUGUUUGUAUGUUUACAUGCAGGUCAGUGUUUGAUUUUAUACUGAACAUGUUUUCUCUGAGAGCUAUGAGAAUAAAAUGUCAAAAAAGU